UUUGGAUGGGCCAUUCAUUCCUGUUUUAGGAAGAAGUCUAGCCCUGUUAUCAGCUUACGUCGUGGACCGAGUAGACCGUGAUAAGCUCCUCCCAUCUCCUCCGCCAGAUCUCAUCAUCGCCGCCGCUGAACUUCUCCUUGGCAUUCUGUCUCCGUUUAUUAUUAUCGUUGAAGCUUGAUUACAACGGUCAACAUGUGCCGGCAGAAUUCUCUGGAGCACCAUUCCGGUGAAGAAGAAAUAGCAGCUGACGAGAGCCUUUUGGUUUAUUGCAAGCCUGUUGAACUGUACAACAUUCUCUACCGUCGUGGUCUUCAAAAUCCUUCCUUUCUUAGCAGAUGUUUGCGUUAUAAAAUUACAGCAAGGAAGAAAAGGAGGUUGAGAGCAGGAAUAGUGAUUUUCAAUUAUAGGGACCGCUACAACAUGCUUCGGAAGACAGAAGUGACUGAAGACUUUUCUUGCCCGUUUUGCUUGAUGCAGUGUGGAAGCUUUAAGGGUUUGCGACUUCAUCUAUGUUCAUCACAUGAUCUAUUCAACUUUGAGUUCUGGGUCACUGAAGAUUACCAAGCAGUGAACGUCUCAGUGAAAAUGGAUAUAUUGAGAUCAGAGAAUGUUGCUGAUGGAAUAAUUCCACAAUUGCAAACCUUCUUUUUCUGUUCAAGGCCUCGAAAGCGUAGAAGAAAGGACUCUGUUCAAAAUGAAAAGCGCAGCAAUGUAAAAUUCAUGGAGUUGGAUUCACCUGAAGACAUACCGAAUGGAUUUAUGCAAAAGGAUGAUGAUAUCCUAUGCUGCAAAGGGGAAAAUGUGUCUAGAACAUCUCGUAAUGAGAAGAUACUGCUUAGUGGAAGAAAUGAUGGAGGGAAAUUGGGUCCUGAUCAUCUUGGCACCAUGGACGAUCUGGAGCAUGUUGAAUCCAGUUUCAACAUUUCUGGUGUUUCGAUUGCAAUGCCUCAUUCUUCUGGAGACCCUGAAUGUAGUAAACCAAUUUGUAAAAGUGAUCCUGCUCUGCCUGUUAAAUCAAAGAAACUAAGCAUGGAUCGCUCAGACUCAAGAAACCGAAUGCUUCUGCAGAAAAGACUGUUCUUUCACUCGCAUAGGGUCCAGCCUAUGGCACCGGAACAAGUGUUGUCAGACCGUGAUAGUGAAGAUGAAGUUGACGAUGACAUUGCAGAUCUUGAAGAUAGAAGGAUGCUUGAUGAUUUUGUGGAUGUUUCCAAAGAUGAAAAACAGGUCAUGCAUCUCUGGAACUCCUUUAUGAGGAAGCAAAGAGUGCUUGCGGAUGGUCAUGUUCCGUGGGCCUGUGAGGCAUUUUCCAAGCUUCAUGGAAAAAAUCUGGUCACAUCUCCAACUUUAUUCUGCAGGUGUUGGAGGUUAUUGAUGGUUAAACUUUGGAAUCAUGGUCUUCUUGAUGCCGGCACGAUGAACAACUGUAACAGGAUAUUAGAUAGUUACAGAAACGAGGGAUUGGGUACUAGCAAAUAAAGAACGAAAGGAAACUGACUCAACUACAAAGAAUAUACAGUCUUCCCUGCCUUGUAUUUUGCUUGACUGCAGGUUCCCAUUUUCGUAUUUGCAUAAUUUACUAUGAUUUUUUGACUAGUAUUGUCCUGUACAUUGUAUCGAUAUUCCCAUUUUAUGGAGAUUGAAAUUUAGUUUAUUCUCACAGAAAUUACAUUUCUGAAUCA